ACAUCCGAUUCAUCGUCACGAGACUUCCGAUCGAGUUCACUCCCCUUUGAUAGUGUUUAUAUUGUCUCCAGCAAUGGGACUUGGAAAUAUUUUCGUGUUGUCUCAAGUGACAGCGUUUCUCUUGUCAUUUAUUUUCUCUUUCUUCAUAUUUGUUCCCGUUUGGUCAAACUUGAAUGAAUUCUCAGGCAACUGUUUACUCUAUAGUUCAGGCUCAUGGAUGCCACAGUCGAUCAUUUCUCAAGUGAAACUGAACAUAACAUGGGGACCAAAUAGUGCAUGUAAUUUUACUGUUUUCGUUGGUGUUGCUGUGAUGGUCUUGUCGAUAUUCUACAUGAUCUGGCAAUCACGACAUCUGUGUAGAGGGAUUGACAGUUCUUGGCUUGAUGCAUUUGUUACUUGUGCUGUGACACUCGUCAUGACAGUGGUGCUGUUUGCAACAGCUCUCACAGCAAGUGUGGGCUUCAGAGAGUGGUGCUCGCUCAUCACGAAUCCAGUGUCUCAGAUAGAGAAAUGUGAAAAUGGCCAGUUUGAUGGCAGGAUUGUGUUCACUACAGGGCUACUGAUCAAUACCGACAACUACUACACAGAGUUUGAAAUGUCACAGUUCGGUCUGUGGGCAACAUGGAUUUGUUGGUUAGUGCUGUCAUUUCUGUCAGUCAUUAAGCUCUACCGCUACCACAGACAGGAAACAUUCCUCACCAGCAUGAACCGAGAACGGGAACGUCUCCUCCAGCGAGUUGGACACUCAUCUACGGACCCAAUGUGAUUUGAAUUAUACAUUCAGAUGGUAGCCAUCUUCAUCUGUCAUGGUGCUAUAUACACUGGGUGUGGAACUCUCUACUAAGGAGGAGUAUUACUUUGCCCUACAUUUUGUUGAGGUGGAUGUCUUCAUUGAGGAAUUCAAAAUUGUGUAUUUUCUCCGCACAUUAGUUCAUCCAACGUUACAGAGAUAGACAUACCCUACUAGUCAAAGCCCAAAUUUUGACUACUGGUUUCUGUAAAUUCCUUAGAUCCUAGAGAAGCACUUAAUACUCCCAGAUUUUUGGUUACUGGACUGGUGGCCAUGUUUAUCUUUGCUUUGUUAUACUUUAAGAUCAAACAUCAUAUCAUCCAGAUUUAUGAAUGCUAUGUCAUUUGUUUUUCCUGUAUAUUUUUUACCUGUCAGAGAUGCAUGUUUCAGUUUGUCAAACCCAUGGUGGGUAGUGCUGUUCAGUAGAUGGAAAAUAAGACAGAAGACCUUGAAUGUUCAUGAACAACCCAGACAGAAAUACGACACUGAUAGCAUAUUGAUAUAUAGUGAGACCCCAGAUACCUUGACCCCAAAUAUCCGGAAACCUCGCCUUCCGAUCAAUUUUUAUAAAAAAACCAAUCUCUUACGUUAUAAAAGUGACUGUCUAUAACGGAUAUGCAGUUUCCGUUCCCGGACGGUAAAUUUUACAAACCAACCGGUUAAAUCAACACAAAAUUGACUCACUUAUCCUCACGAAGCUUUGAUCUUCCGCUGACCGUUUGAAGUGAAGCACGAGUGUCCCACGUGUUUUGACACAAGACAAGGUCUGCUAAUCCUUUCUACACACUGCUUAAAAUUCGGCUUAUAGACGGUAGUAUACGGUAAGCCUGGAUGACAGAAAUCCAGAUAUCCGGAUAUUCAGUUUUCCGGACGAUUUACAUAAAAACGAAUGUGUCUGGAUAUCCGGGGUCUCACUGUAUCUCCAAAACAAGGACCAUUUAUGUUGUUGCUUUAUGAUAUUGUUUCUGCCACAUUUCAAUCCUCGUGUUGUAUUACUCUUUAACAAACUUAACAGCUAGGGAGCUUGUUCAUGUUUUCAGUUCCUUGUUUGACUUUUAUUUACCGGUCUGAUACAGCUGGAACACAGCUGACAAGGCCUUGAAAUCACUGCACUGCUUCGCUCAGAUUGAUGAAAAGAUAUUAUUUGUGGUUGGACACCCAGUGUUUUUGUGGACUUUUCAUUGCAAAUGUGUAUUCCUCUUGAUACCGUAUUCCUUAUUUAUUCAGUUAAAUAAAUAUUUUUGACAUUAGAACAACUGUAAUUUUAUUCUGUAUUAUGUACACAAAUUUUUCUUCCAAGUCCUUGAUAUCACCAUAUGGUAUUCUUGUAAUUUAAUCAUUAGCAGUGGGCCAAUCAUAUUAAUAUAGACAAAGCCCUUUAUAUCCACACAUUACUACUCUGGUUAGUUGUUGGAAGACUUGAUCUUUGCAUAGUGCCACCUCAUGAAGUGGCUGUUUAAUAAUUACUGCCAGUAUUUCACUGUAAAACACUGUGUUAAUCAAUGCUCAAUGUAUAUAUUUUCUUAUCUUCAUGGGUAUUAUAAUGGGGAUAUGUUGAUAUUUGUGGAAAAUAAAUACUGCAUAUAUUAUAUUUCUCAUACGAAGAGAGCAUAAUGGCACAUUUACUGUAAAGGAAAUAUGAUUUUGUGACAUAAUUCAAAUCAGGAAGAGGUUUUCAUCUCUGACCAUCGUGGUGUUUAGCUUCUUGAGGUCAGGAAAGAAGUUUCAUGUAAAUUUUCAGAUAAAGGUUCGAAACAAGUACCCAAGCAAAUUUAUCCUUAGCCAGACACAAGAGUUUGACUAAGGUCAUAAAUGUCCACAACCAAUGUCAGCUUUGGUUUUUCUCCCACAAAAAGCAGACAUGACAUUGUAUCGGAGAUAGAUAGAUCUAUAGUGAGACUGAAUCAAACUAACCCAGUUUCUCUCUCGGGAUUCGAACACUGAGUAAAGAAAGUCUUCAACUUUACACAAGGUGGGGUGUCUCUGAUGGGGACUCCUGUCCAACUAUCAGAUACGCAUGUGUUUGCCCACCAUUCCAGAAGUUGUCAAAGUUGAUGUCCUGAUGGGUUCAAGCCUGUUGUAUGAUGUAUGGUAUUCCAUAAUAGAAAAAUAAACUGUCUAUUUAUGUCUCA